CAGUUUCUCCUUCCCCUUCACUUGUGCUCUCAGAUUCCUGAUUCUUAUUUGAUUUCUACGCUAAAUCCUCAUUCUCAGAAAAUCAUUCUUCAAUUCCUUCACUCUUUUCCCGUCUGUUCAAUUUCCCCGCGAUUUCUCCUUACACGCAUCAGUUUUCCGUGUACAUGAUUCCUCGGCUUCCCUUUCCAGAUCCCUAAUUCUUCUUCCUAAUGGCGAUCGUCACCGGAGAUCGCUACCUGGAGAAGCUGGUCAGAUUCGUGGACGAGCAGGCAGGUUUCUUGAUUGAGGCAACCAAGGUGCUCAAGCUCAACCCGGCUGGCCUCCACUAUGUUCAGUCCCGCCUGGAGGCGCUGCUGGAGUUAGAGCAACUCUUGGCUGGAGCUCCAGUUGAUUAUCUCCGUGCUUAUAUUUCGGACCUUGGAGAUCACCGCGCGCUCGAGCAGCUCAGGAGGAUUCUCCGGCUGCUGACGUCGCUCAAGGUGGUUUCCGCGUUGCCUCCUCCUGCACGGGAUCCCACGCCUCUUUCUCUCCUUCCGUUCGGGAGAUUGAAGGUUCUGGAGCUCAGAGGAUGCGACUUGUCCACCUCCGCCGCCAGAGGCUUACUUGAGUUGAGACAUACGUUGGAGAAGAUUAUCUGCCACAAUUCUACAGAUGCUCUGAGACAUGUGUUUGCAAGUAGAAUCGCUGAAAUAAAGGAUUCUUCACAGUGGAAUCGGUUGUCAUUUGUUUCGUGUGCAUGCAAUCGCUUGCUACUGAUGGAUGAAUCUUUGCAACUUCUUCCUGCUGUUGAAACUCUUGAUUUAAGUCGAAACAAGUUUGCCAAGGUGGAUAAUCUUCGGAAGUGUACCAAAUUGAAGUACCUCGACCUUGGAUUUAAUCACUUGAGAUCCAUCGCAUACUUCAUUGAGGUCUCCUGUCAUAUUGUUAAACUUGUUUUGAGGAACAAUGCUCUAACUGCAUUGCGUGGGAUUGAGAAUUUGAAGUCACUAGAAGAGCUUGAUGUGUCCUACAAUAUGAUUUCCAAUUUUUCAGAGUUGGAGUUCCUCACAGGCCUUCCAUCUUUACGAAACCUGUGGUUGGAAGGGAAUCCAUUAUGCUGUGCCCGAUGGUAUCGACCACAAGUGUUCAGCUACUUUGUUCAUCCUGAUAAUUUGAAGUUAGAUGACAAGGAAAUCAGCACCAGAGAGUUCUGGAAGAGGAGAAUUAUUAUUGCCAGAAGGCAGAAGCAACCUGCCAAUUUUGGAUUCUAUCAUCCUGCAAAAAUUGAUGCUGGAGGAGAUGGAAAUGUCAAUAAGAAAAGGGUAUGUAAAAUUCCUGUCUCUUUCUUUUGCAUGAAUAGUCAGCCUGUGACAGCAAUGUGUGGAAGGCUAGAAGGUCCAUCGUCCUUGGCCCUCCACAACUUUGGAGAAUACCUAGAUUUACCUUCACAUUUUUGGAAACCUUUUGAAAAAUAUUAUCAUCAACUUAUUGUAUUCUUUCAAAACUAUAUUAUCAUUAAACUACAUUUCAUUCUUAACCAUCUAUUGGCUCAUGAACUUAUAAUUUUUCUCUGGUUGUAAAUUUUGGCAUCAUUCUAUUGAAGUUUGAAUUGCAUUUUCCUUGAUGGCCAAAAAGAAAAAAGAAGUGCCUUU